AUGUCUGAAUCCGCUCUGUUCUCGUGGCGGAGCAAGGGAAAGACCGCUGAAAAAUCAGCAAUGGCCUUGAAAAUGCACACAGUUGAUGUUACCGUAUGGCUGAUAUGUAUUCCUGAAUUGGUGGCUUACUUAAGCUCAUGUACGGAAGAGGAUAGACAACUCUUUGAGAGGGAGUGCUCGAUUCUGCUGGAAUGCAGAGCCUGCAAAAGUAUUUUUCGUAGUUUCAUGAACUUCUGUUCACACAAAAGGACUUUUUGUCGAGCUGAAGCGCACGAGAUUUUGGACACCAAUGCCGGAAAUUCGGGUGAUUGUGAUAUCUCUCCCAAGAAAGUGGCCGGUUUGAGGCGAACGAAUUUGACUAAACACGUGUCCAGAAAGGCGGAUGUUUCCGAGAUACCAGUUUGUGCUGGGGACAUUCAUUUCCCACCAAGCGAGAAUAUCGCUGAGAAACUACCACCGGACAGAGUUCUUCUGUUGCAACCACAAGCGUAUCCUAGUAGAUAUCGUGGAAUGAGCCUUCGCAUGCGUUUGAAAGGUGAUAAUACGAGAGUUAUUUCGAAAGAAGAGGUUGAAUGCGUGGAGCGUUUGUUGACAUAUUUUCACGACGACGUAGAACCAGCACUAGGACGGUGUCUCUACAGUUCGUGCUCCGAUAUAUCACCGUUUGGAAGCGUUUGGGCGUUAGCUUACCACAUGUGGGGAUAUUUCUGUUCGCAUCUGAACAGGAAACAUAAACAAAUAAAGUUGGACCAUCUUUCGCAACGUAGAAAGGAAGCAGAUGAGGUUAUCAACAAGAAGAGGGCAAAAAAAGUCAGGAUGAUACCUAGAAGCACUAAUGGAGUUAUUCGUUGUCGAAGUUUAAGUCCUGAGCCUGAUAGAGUUGUUGGAGACCAACAAAAAGUGGAUAAGCAAGAGGUUGACAAUUUGAAUGUAUCCGUGCAGGGUGAAGAUAGUGAUGAAAAGCUGGACGUGAACGUGAAUCCAAUUUCCACCGACAGUGUUGAGUGCUGCAAUAUUCGGACUUCGAAUGGUGGCACCUCAUCUGGGGAACAUAUCCAUCGACAGCUGAAGUGUCGAAGAGUUCGACAUUCUCAGAUUCGUUCAGAAGGAGAUGAUCAGCAACAAUCUAUGACGAAUUCACGGGUAUUUUUCACCUUAAUCUCUUUUAUUGUGAGGCAGAUGCUUGUAAAAACGAGGGAUUGUUCUGAAUCUAUUUGUGCUUUACAAGAAACGAGUUCAUCGGCAGCCAUGGCUUGUGAAAAUUCGAUUCUUAAAGAUGUUACAGAAUAUCGUCGUGACGGGACCAAUGAGACUUCAAUUUUACCUGUUUUUAAUCAAGGAGAUUCUAUAUCUUCCAAUUCUCCGAAUGUGCCAACUCAUACGCGGCGAUCAACUCCAAAUUCGAUGGAUCUCUCAGGCACUCCGUCCAGACGACGCAAGCAAAAUCUGAACGCCCUUAGUGAUGAUGCAGAAGAUAGCGUAACGAUCGUCUCGAAGAAUGGAAGGCCAGGAAAAGUGAACGAUUUAGCCAUGGUUCCAGUGUAUCUCUCCGGCGCGCAAAAACAUUUAUUCUUUUCAUCGCUGAAACAACUUGAUCCCAAUGAACCUGACGGGAAACAUGUUUGUUCGCAAUGUAAUGAAGUGGUUCCCAAUCUUAAAAUCUUUUUUACUCUGAAGGAAGGUCGACGACACAUGGUAACCCAUAUUCGUGUGAUGCGUCUACGCUGUUCCUUAUGUGGUGCGGGUUCAUUUUUCUGUACGGAUUUGAGAGUGCACUUAAUGGAAGGAUAUUGCGAGAAAUUACAUCGUGCUCCAGAAGGAGUAGUCAAUUCAAACCGUAAUCCUUGUAUGACGAAGGAGCAGGCAGAUUCUCUCUCAGAACUGGUAGAUCCUGUAAAUCCAGGUCGAGUGAUGUACACCAGUGGGAAGGUUAGGUCUCUUAAGAUUCUUUAA